AUGGGUGGAAUGGGUAAGACCACUCUGGCGCGGCUUGUUUAUGAAGACAAAAGGAUGAUAGAUGGAUUUCACUACAGAGCUUGGGCGUGUAUUUCUAAAGAGUUUGAUCUUGUUCACGCAACAAAAGCGAUUCUUAAAGUACUUGAUUGUUCAAUUGAACUUGAAAAAUCAGAUGAUUUAGAUCCACAUCAACGUAAACUACAGGAAAUGUUAAAGGAUAAGAAAUUUUUUGUGGUUCUUGAUGAUGUAUGGAACAAGAAUCAUGCCAUUUGGGAGGCCUUUCGAACUCCUUUCAACUAUGGAGCUCCAGGAAGUAAAUUUCUCAUAACAGCACGUGAACAAGGGGUGGCGAAAGUCAUGCGGUGCACAGAUAUUCAUUUUUUGGAGCCAUUGCAAAAUGAAUAUCCUUGGAAGUUAUUUGCAAAACAUGCAUCUAGUGACCAAUAUGUUGAUCCAGGACUUGAAUCAAUUGGUAGAAGAAUCAUUAACAAGCGUGGAGGAUCGCCUUUGGCCAUAAAAACAUUGGGAAGCUUGUUGGGCACAAAACUAGCUCCUCAAUAUUGGGAUGCAAUUUUGAAGAGUGAUAUUUGGUCCUUAUCAGAGGAUGAGAGUAAUAUAAUCCCAUCUUUAAGGUUGAGCUACCAUUAUUUACCUUCUAAUCUCAAGCGUUGCUUUGCAUUUUGUUCCCUCUUUCCGAAAGAUCACUUGAUAGAAAAGGAUGUUCUUAUUCAACUAUGGAUGGCUGAAGGUUUGUUACAUUCCCCUCACACAAGUAAAAGCUUUGAAGAAGUUGGCAAUGAAAUUUUCAAUGACCUAGAAUCUAGGUUAUCAAAAAAGAAUGGCAAUUGCUUCGUGAUGCAUGAUCUUUUGAAUGAUCUAGCGAAGUCUGUGAUGGGGAAGUUUAGUGUGCAACUAGAGAUUGAUCGGGCACAAGAAAUUUCAACUGAGGCUCGCUACUUUUCAUGUAUAGGCAAAGCAAAUGAAAAUUUUGAGAAAGUUUUCAAAUGCCACCAAUUACGUAGUUUUAUCCUAUUGCAUGAAAAUUCCAUCUCCAAGUAUGACAUAAUAUAUAGACUUUCUCAUCUCAAGUACAUACGGGAGUUAUCUUUGGAGGGGUGUCAAACUUUCAAAAAGUUGGGGGAUGAUUUAGCAAUUUGA